UUUCUCGUCAAACACACCUAACAAUGGCUCAACCAGGCCAAAUCCCUAUGAACCACCACAUGGUGUACCCUACCGUACCGGUACCCGUAUCGGUACCCGUACCUGUACCUGUGCCCGUACUUGGAUCCGAACCCGGACAGUCCUCAGCACUGAAGCGUCGCCGAGAGGAAGAGCUUCCCUGGGCGGUGGCGGCGGGGGAGGAGUCGGCGGCGAAGCGGCGGGCGAAGUUGGCGCAGGACGUGCUAUUCAGAGUGGUGGUGCCUUCGAGGCAGAUCGGAAAGGUUAUCGGCAAGGAAGGCUGCCGAAUCCAGAAGAUUCGCGAAGACUCCAAAGCCACUAUCAAAAUCGCCGAUGCUAUCGCUCGACAUGAGGAGCGUGUAAUUAUUAUAAGUUCUAAAGACAGUGACAACACAGUUUCUGAUGCGGAGAAUGCACUCCAGCAAAUCGCCAGUCUAAUACUAAAGGAAGAUGAUAGUAGCAGUACAGAGACGAAAGUUGCUGCAGGACAUGUGGCUGCCAAUACAAUAAGGCUUUUGAUUGCUGGGUCCCAAGCAGGUUGUUUGAUUGGGAUGUCUGGUCAAAACAUUGAAAAAUUGAGGAAUUCGUGUGGUGCUACUAUUUCAGUUCUUGCUCAGAAUCAGUUGCCUUUGUGUGCAUCUGCUCAUGAAUCUGAUCGGGUAGUUCAGAUAUCAGGUGAUGUUCCUGCGGUAUUGAAGGCUUUGGAGGAGAUUGGUUCUCAACUAAGGGAAAACCCACCACGACAAGUGAUUUCUAUUAGCCCAGCAUACAAUUAUGCUGCAGUCAGACCACCCCAACCAGUUGUGGACCCAACUUCAGCUGAUUAUGUAACCUUUGAGAUGAUGAUAUCGGAAACACUGGUUGGUGGGUUGAUCGGCAGGUGCGGCUCCAACAUAUCAAGGAUCAGAAAUGAGUCUGGAGCAAUGAUCAAGGUUUAUGGUGGGAAAGGUGAACAAAAACAUAGACAAAUUCAAUUUGGUGGUAGCGCGCAACAGGUAGCAUUGGCAAAGCAGAGGGUAGACGAGUACAUAUAUUCUCAGUUGAUACAACAAGCCAGCGCUCAACAGUCAGCUUUGCAGAGUUGAUGAAGAUGGAACAUCAAAGAUGUCUUGCCUGUUGUUCAAAUAGCAAUCUUAAUUUCUGUUCCUGAUUGAAUCCCAACUGUCUAGUGUUUCAUUAGUCUUCAUCAGUUUUGGUGGCUUAUUAUCUUUCGAUGCAACAAGUGAUGGUUGGCUAUAAAAGAGAGUUGAAUAUCAAGGUGUUUUCAUUCGACAAUGUAGGGUGUGCAUAGGAAUGUGGUUGAUGUGUGAUGACUCGACUCCAAUGACACGUUAUAGACUAUAAUUUUAGUUGUGUUUGAUUAAUACUAAGCACAUUUCACAUGCAAUGCUUUGUGCUA